CUGGGUGGACAACCGCGGCUGCCAGACCUCUGACGCGCCGACACACUCGCGGUGGGACGAUUACCUGGUCCGCGGCUCCCACCUGCUGACCUGCGCUAUUCAGUGCGCCCUACGGCUCUCCACGGCCGGCCUGGUCCAACAGGAGAGCCUCUCAAGUGGGCUGCCUGGGCCCGCUGCGCGGCACGCUGCGUGUGCUGCGAGCUGCGGGCCAUUUUCCUGCCCACGUUCACCAUGCAGCAGGUCCUCCUCGCCGAGCGCAGCUUUGUGGACCGAUACGACUUCGCCUUCAACUGCUCCGACAACGGCAGCUACCGCGCCACAUACGAUGGCUUCUGGCGCCAGUACGGCAUCCGGCCCAUCAACUCCAAGGUCCGCUGCUGGGUGGCUGAGAGCUGGUGGUACCAGGGCCUGUCCACCCUGGAGCGCUACCUCGCUGAGCCGAGCGAACCCAAGGGGGCGCUGGUAUGACAACGUGUAGCGGAGAUGCAGCGACACGGCGAGGAAGCGCUACCUGACCCGGGCGCGCUGUGAAUCCUGAACCUGACUACCUGACUACCUGAUGAUCACCCUGAACCUGACUACAUGACUACCUGAUUCUGACUACCUGAUCCUGCUGACUACCUGAUCCUGACUACCUGACUACCUGACCGGCUGGUGCCAGUGCUGUCAAGGGGUAGCGGGUGGAUGAGUGGUUCGGGUGUGCUGGGUGAGGCUGAACGUAAUGCUUGCAUUGGAUCGUAGCACGAUUUCCCCCCGGCAGCUGCUCUGGUGGCAGCAGCAGAAGGGGUAGCGGGUGGAUUCAGGAUUAGGUUCAGGGUCAGGUAGUCGGGGUCAGAUUCAGGAUCAGGAUCAGGUUCAGGAUCAGG